AUGCCUGCCGUAGCUGAAUCUAUCGACACGAGAUUUCCAUCGCUGAGGUAUCUCAAGGUGAAGCUAAGGGAUGUUCAAUCGUCUUUGACCGACAUUUGGCGCUUCGUGAAGAACUUCAGCGGUGACGUCAGUAUUUCGGGAUUGGAGGUUCGUUUGGAGAAGUUGGAUCAAUUGUGGGAUGAGUUUGGAGAGGUACGGGUCGAAGUCAGGGCUCAUGAUGACUUCGAAGGCUCAGACGAACUGGAUACGGAACGGCAGGAGUUCAGCGAUCGCUACUAUGAGGCGAAGUCAUUCUUAGUGGGUAAAUUGAAGGAUUCCACUCGGACUGGGAGACAUUCUGGGCAGUGUACAUUGGACCGAGUACGUCUGCCCCAAAUAACGCUCCAACCUUUCAAUGGAAACGGUGAAGAAUGGCUGAGCUUCAAGGAUGUAUUCACUUCGCUGAUCCACUCCAGAGGAGACUUGCCGGAAGUAAAGAAACUCUACUACUUGAAGGGAUGCCUGCAAGGAGAGCCAAAGAUGCUAAUCGACUCCCUCCAAAUCACAGCUGGGAACUAUCUAAUUGCGUGCAGUAUGCUUUUGGGACGAUAUGAUAACAAUAAACAGUUGAAGAAGCGGCAGGUAGAAUCGCUGUUCAAGUUACCAUCCCUUACAAGAGAGUCUGCUAGGGAGUUGGACGCUUUACUGAGUGGUGUAGAGAGAACUACACAGACACUGGAUCAGAUCGUACAACCUGCUGAAUACAAGGAUCUUUUGCUGAUCAAUAUGAUCACAACACGCCUCGAUCCAGUGACGCGCAGAGAUUGGGAGGAAUUUUCAGUUUCCAAGGAUCAUGACACCUUGAAAGAUCUACUCGAUUUUCUGCAACGAAGAGUUCGUGUUCUGGAUUCCUUACCAACAAGAAUGAGUCAACCAGAACCAUCAACCAGUCAAGGGUCACCAACAGUCACGGUCAUGUACAACACGGCGAAACCAUACGGGAAGUGCUGUGCGGCCUGUUCAGCAUACCAUUCGCUCCAUAAGUGCAAGGUGUUUAGACAGUGGAAGGGAGUGAAAACAAACCAUUUACCGCUCGCUCCUAUUGGGCUUUCGCUCACCGCUGUGAUGCUGAACAAUAACCAGAAGAUCACAGUGGUGAAUAUUUCCAUCGUUCUACCGAAGACCGAUAGCAAAGCAUAA